GGAACUAAGCCUGAGGAAAAAAGGACUUGAAUGUUUGGUUUCCAUUUUAAAAUGCAUGGUAGAAUGGAGCAAAGACCUUUAUGUGAACCCCAAUCAUCAGACUACCUUAGGUUCAUAUAAACCAUCUGAACAGGAAAUGAGUGAAGGUAAAUGCCUUGACAGUGGAGGAAGACGAAGUAGUGUAAGUUCCUUGGACUCCACUGUGUCAUCGGGAGUUGGAAGUGUUGGUACCCAGACGGCUGUCCCAGAUGACCCUGAGCAGUUUGAAGUUAUCAAGCAGCAAAAAGAAAUAAUUGAACAUGGGAUAGAACUGUAAGUUUGGUAGGACAAGA